AUGACUGAAGGGACAAAAUCGAAACCCAUUGAUGCAAUUCUUCUGGUUAAAGGGAACGCCACAAUAUGUUCUCUUAUGAAAGAGAAGGCCUUGAUCCUGUAUGAGAAGCUACUUCGCAUUUCCAUGGAUAAAUUCACCAAGACAUCUGAAAACGCAAUCUGGUUUAAUACAUCCAUAGAACUGAAGAAAGAAUUACGAAUCGAUGACAAACCAAAACGUCUCCCUCUUCCCAUGAACCCAUUAGCAGACACUGAUGUAGUGCGUUGCACCCAACUGGUUGACUACUUCGGGAAUUCAAACACCACUCCAGAACAAAUGCGCCCACUGGCCUUUGAGACAAUCAAUGCCAACUAUUCUGCAGAUCAAUGA